GUGAAAAGCUACCUUUGUGAGUUAAAGCGAAACUACAAUGAUCAAAACGUUAGUGGUAAUAUCUCUGAUUCAUUUUUCAUGGGCAUUUUUGCGACCUUUUCAAAGAAAAAUUGAUGCUGAUUUGCGUUUUGGUGAUGCUGGAGAGCCAUUAAUAUUGACCCCACUGUUGAGAAGGGGACAGAUCGAAGAAGCCCGUUUAGCGGCAGAAGUUCAUUUGGAAGAUUUAAAAAAUGUGACCAGUUACUCAGGAUAUCUCACUGUGGAUGAAACAUUCAACUCAAACUUAUUUUUCUGGUUCUUUCCUUCUGAAACUGAUUAUCAAAAUGAUCCGGUGAUUUUGUGGUUGCAAGGUGGACCAGGGGGUUCAUCAAUGUUUGGUUUAUUCAGUGAAAAUGGUCCAUUCUUCUUCACAAGCAAGAACGUAAUUGAUAUCAGAGAACAUCGUUGGUCCAGAAGACAUUCCGUACUAUACAUUGACAACCCUGCUGGUACUGGAUUCAGUUUCACUAAUGGAGGAUAUGCGAGAAAUCAGACUAAAGUUGGAAACGAUCUCUUUGAAACACUACAGCAAUUUUUCACGUUGUUUCCUGAAAUACAAAAGAACGACUUUUUCGUCACAGGUGAAUCUUAUGGAGGAAAAUACGUACCUGCUUUAGGUUAUGCAAUACAUCACAGAAAUCCAGAGGCAGAAAUAAAAAUCAACCUUCAAGGAAUGGCGAUUGGAAACGGGCUGAGCGAUCCAGAAAAUCAAUUCCGGUAUGCUGACUAUUUGCAACAGAUCGGACUGAUUGAUAGAAGAACCAGAAAUGCAAUGCAUUCACUGGAACAUCAUUGCUCCGAAGCUAUUCGCAAAGGCGAGUACCAAAAAGCUCUCGAUAUACUGGAUGAAGACUUUAACAGCAACAACUCCAUAUUUUCCGUGGCAACGGGUUAUGAAAAUGUUUAUAAUCAUUUGAAUCCUUUCGAUACUGUCGACGAGAAUUCAAUGGGUAUAUUUUUCCAACGAGCUGAUGUUCGAUCUGCAAUUCAUGUUGGAAACACAUCAUUUGGUGAUGAUAAAGUAUACGAAAAUCUGGAAUUGGACAUAGUGAAAUCAAUAGUUCCUUGGGUUUCCGAACUACUGAGUCACUAUCGGAUGCUAUUCUAUAAUGGUCAACUCGAUAUUAUAGUUGCUUAUCCAAUGAUGGUCACUUAUUUGGAGAAGAUGAAGUUCAGCGCUCAUGAGGAGUACAAAAAAGCACCACGACAUGUGUGGAAAGUAGACCAAGAUCUGGCUGGCUAUGUGAAAAGUGCUGGUAAUCUUACCGAAGUUUUGGUCAGAAAUGCUGGUCACUUGGUGCCAGCGGAUCAACCAAAGUGGUCCUUAGAUAUGAUUAGUAAGUUCGUAAGAAAUGAAUAUAUUGCAGGACCAAUUUAGUCCGAUAUUGUGGCUUCAUUAAUGUAGACCAGCUGAUAAUGAUUAUACUGAUCACUUAUUUCUUUCGUCUAUAACUUGAGUCACAAAUGAUGCAGUUCUAUUAUAUUGUGUUUGAAUAUAUUUUACAUAUAGAUGAA